GCUAUGGGAUAACGGUGCAGAUGAACGUAUUCUUAAAGUUUGAGGAUUUCCGAUGUCGCAGUACACAUCACUUUUGGCUAAACGGAAGAUAUCUGACAACUUUGUCUAAACUUGGCAACGCGAAUCGCAUCGUGAGGAGGACUCGGACUCGGCAUCCGAGUAAACGACUACAACAUUGAACCCACCAAGCUCGUGCGAAUGGUGUCCCGAGUUACGUGUAGCACAUCAGAAUGUCAUUGGGGAAUGGGGAAUAGCUUUCCCCGAAACCAUCCCGAAAUCCAC